AUGGCGGGUGGGAAUGAGAGGAGAGGCCUCCAGCUUCACUAUGACCUGGAGAUCAGCCAGCAGGGCGGCAGCACUGCAGUGAAUGAGCUGCGGGCACAGCGGCGUCUCUGGCAGCAGCGCCUCAACUGGGAGAUCCAGAACAUCAGCCUGGAGCUCAUCGUCAACAUCUUCAGGGGUGUGGCCGACCAUCUGAACUAUGAGCACAGAGUCUUUAAUAGUCAGGAGUUCCUCAAGUCCAGGGAGCCAUUGGACCAGCCCUUUUAUAAAGAGGUGUUGGAGAGUCAUAUUUUCCACAUCUUUCUAAAAGAUCGGUUGAAUCGUAAGAUGGACGCCUACACUCGCAUGGAACAGAGCACUCGCUCUGAGGCCGAAAA